AUGACCAACGCGUCCGAGCUCUGGCUGCCGGCCGCGGUCGCGGCCGCGGCGGACGAGGCGGCGCUCGAGGGGGUGCGCACGCAGCUCGAGUCGCAGUUUGCAGACGCGCACCGCGACGCGGCCGCAAACUGCGCCGCACUCCUCCGAAGCGCGGCGCUCGACGGCCUUGCUCCGAAGAACGUCGCGUACGUGCUGCGCCGCGACGCGCAGUGGGAGGAUACGCUACUGGACCUCUUUUGGGCGGUGGACUGGGAGCUCGAUGCGCGCCGCGACGUGCGCAACAAGAUGGAUGGCACCGACGACGUCCGCGGCGAAGACCAAGCGCUGCCGGUCGCCGCCGCGCGUGCGCGCCUCGCCGAGGUGCUGAGCGCCACGGCGGCGCUCGGCAUCGUGUCGCGCGAGGCAGUGUGUGUCCGCGAGGAUAUUCCGUUGCUCGCUGCGGCGAAUGUCGUGCAGGCAACGCCGUUCCAGCGCCGCGGCAUCCAGAUCCGCACCGCGAGCUUUUUCAAGCAGCAGAAAUACAAUCUCUUGCGCGAGGAAAACGAGGGGUACUCGGCGCUGCUCACCGAGCUCGUCGCGCGCCGCGGGCCGCCGCUCGUGGCGAAGCGCUUGGACGACGCGCCGUGGGACGGCAGCGUCGACGUCCACGAGCAAGAGUCGGCGGACGAGCGCGAGGCACGCGCACGCUCGGUCCUCGAGAGCAUUUCCGCACUGGUCGGCUACUUUCACCUGGACGCGGCGCGCGCCCUCGACCUGGUCCUGGCCGUGUUUGCGACGAGCGUCGUGCAUUAUGCGCCGCUUUUCCUGUCACUGCUGCGGCAGUCGUCGUGGAGUGGCGAGCGCAUUGCCGAUGUGCUUGGCUUCCAGUUUGCGCAUUAUGCCCACCCCGAGACACGCGACGACACGCCAGAGGAAAUGUACCUCGUCGCGGCGCUCCUCAUCCGUGCCAAGGUGUUUUCGUUCGAGCGCCUGAUGCCGCACCUCGCGCCGCUCGGCGGCUGGGCGGACCUCAAGAAACGCUACCAAGACGCGCUUGCGGAAAAGAGCGCGUCGGUCGGUGCCAACGCCCUGACGAUGGCCGCGCCGCUCGUCGACGACGACGCGCCGCAGACCUCGCAGGACGAGACGCCGGACAUGAAAGCCAAGCAGCGCGAUGCGCCGGCACAGAUUGCGCAUGUCGUGCGUGCACUGCUCGCGUGCGGCGCCGUGUCGAUCGUGCGCCCGAUUCUGCAGGAGCACGGUUGGCUGUUUGGCGCAUUUCCGCCGCUCGCAUCGGCCUACCUGCGCCUCACCAAGUACAUGCUGCGGCCCGCAUACGCCGCCGUGUCGCUUGGGCACAAGGCGCCCGGCACGGCGCUCGGACGGCUGCUGCCGGGCCGCAGUGCGCCGGCACUCGCACUGACGGCCUAUGCGCCCGAGCCGCGGGCGAGUGCGUCGGAGCGCUACGUCUUCUUUGUGGGCGACUGGGCGAGUGAGCUGCUCGAGUGCGAAAAUGCCGAGUCGGUCGUCGUGCUUGCGCUGCCGUUCCUUGCGCUGGCUGGGCCGCAUCUGUACCACGACCUGCCGCUCUUGCAGAUGCUGUGCCGCCUCGGCGCCGCGCACUGGCAAGAGAACAAGGAGGCGUGGCUUGCGCUCGUCCGUACGCAGCUUCUCCCGUCGAUUUCGCUUGCCGAGUCGGACGCGGCGCUGCUGUACGAGUUGUGGGCGCUCCUCUCGCAGCUCUCGUACCCCGAGCGCUUCCGCAUCUAUGGCGAGUGGAAGCACCGCACCUACAAGCGCCCCGAGCUCAAGUUCCGCCAGUCGGAGACGGAGCGCGAGGCGCGCAGUAUUUUGCGCCGCGUGAGUGCGGACAAUGUGCGGACGAGCGGCCGGAGCCUCGCCAAGGCCUCGCAUCCGAACCCCACCGUGUUUUUCGCGGUGGUGCUCAACCAGAUCCAGUCGUACGAUAACCUGAUCGACCACGUCGUGGAUGCGGCCAAGUACUUGACGCCGCUCGAGUACGAUGUCUUUUCGUUCAGCCUGCUCGAGGCGCUGAGCAACCCCGAAAAAGACCGGACCAAGUCGGACGGCACCAACACCAGUCUCUGGCUCAAGAGUCUUGCGUCGUUUGCGGGCGCUUUCUACAAGAAAUACGCGUCGAUGGACUGCACGAUGCUGCUGCAGUACCUCACGAACCAGCUCAAGCGCAACCACGUCAAGGACCUCGUCGUGCUUUCGGAGCUGGUGCAAAAGAUGGCCGGCAUCGAGCCGAUCGGCGAGCUGUCCGAGCCGCAGAUCGCGGCGCUCACCGGCGGGCCGCUGCUGCAGAGCGAGGCGGCGCUCACCUUUAUUCCGCCGGGCUCGGGCUCCGUGCCGACGACCGUGCUCGUCGCGCGCAACACGUACAAAAAGGGGGGCAUGCGCUUGCUCGGCACGCUCACCACGAGCCACCUUGUGCUGCCGCUGCUGAUCCUCGUUGCGCAGCAGCGCCAGGCGUGUGUCUUCCUCGUGUCGGACGCCGAGGCGCACAUCAAGUCGCUCGGCAGCACGUUUGAUCAUGUGCAGGAAACGCUGUUCCAGUACUGCCACUUUUUGUCGUCGAUGCUCAAGGCGGAGGAGUUUGCAGAGCUGGUGCCUCCGCCGCAGGACCUGUUCCGCCGCUUUGGGCUCGAUGCGCCGGUCGCGUUUCACAUUACGCGCCCGAAACUCGCCUUCGAAGUCAAAAUGGCGCGGUUCGAUCCCGGCGCAAAGAAGCGCGAAGAGGCCAAGGAGGCCAAGGGCGACGGCAAGAGCGAGGCCAAGGAUGGCGUGGCUAAAGGAGAAGAGGCCAAGGAAGGCGAUUCGGACGAAAAGGCCCAAGCUGAGCCCAAGACGGAGGACGAGGCGGAGGCCGACACUGCGCCCAAGACUGAGCCGAUGGAAGCGGACGCGGCCGAGCCCAAGGCCGAGUCCGCCGACGAGCCGAUGGACGCCGAGCCCGCGGAGCCUACCAAGCCUGCCGACGCUUCCGAGCCGAUGGACGUUGCACAGCCUGCCGACGAGCCGAUGCAAGAAGCCAGCUCCGCGACUGAAGCGUCUGCCGCCGUCGCGUCCGCCGUCGCGUCCGCCGCGGCCGCCGAUACACCCCUUGCGGACGAGCCCCAGCAAGUCUGGCAGCCUGCGCUGCAGCCCAUCAUUGAUGCGAUGGCGACGCAGCUCCCCUCGGAGGCUCUCUCGGCCCUUGGCGCGCCGUUCUUUGUCACGUUCUGGCAGCUGUCCCUCUCUGAUAUUGUCGUGCCGAUGGACCGCUACCAGCAAGAGAUCAGCCGCCUGCGCCAGUGGAUCCGCGACGUGGAUGCGUCGACGGAGCUGAGCGAGAGCCUGAAGAAGUCCGCGCGCGUGCGGCUGCAAGACAACAUUACGCAGCUCACGUCCGAGCUGAAAGAGCAGACGCUCGCGCACCAAGCGACGCGCCGGCGCCUCGCGCACGAAAAGCAGCACUACUUUGCGGACGGCGUCUCACCGAGCCUGCGUGUGCAGCAGCUCGUGGCGCAGUGCUUGCAUCCCCGCGCGCUCCUGUCGCCGAUCGAUGCGAUGUUUGCCGCGCGCUUCCUCAAGACACUGCACACGAACGGCACACGCAACCUCCCGACGCUUGCCGUGUACGACUCGCUCUUCCGCCAGCAUGUCGCGCAGACGCUGUUCCUUGCGACGGAGAACGAGGCGCGGAACUAUGCGAGGUUCCUCGCCGGGAUCCUCGGGGACACGCAGGCGUGGCUCGAGCCGGACGUGUACGCACGCGAGGCUGUCGGCGAACAGCUACCCGGCUUUGCAAUGGCCUUUGACGGCCUGCGUGGCGCGCGGCAGCGGCCGAGCGACGCGCCGCUCACGCACUAUGCCUACCGCGGCCUGGUGCUCGAAUGGCACGAGGCGCUGUACGACGCGUUUACGACGUGCCUCGCGUCAGACGAGUACAUGCGCAUCCGCAAUGCAAUCGUCGUGCUGAACCGCGUCUCGGCACACUUUCCGCUGUACGACGUCCACGGCAAAGAGCUGCAAAAGACGGUUGAGGCUAUGGUGCAGAACGAGUCGCGCGGCGACCUCAAGGUCCUUGCGCAAGGCCUGGCGGCGACGCUGCGCAAGCGCGCGAGCCAGUGGGUCGGCCUCGGGCACUUUACAUAUGUCGUGCCGGAGAAGCCGAAGCCGAAGCCGGUGCUGUCUACGCCGAGCGCAAGCGAGCGCAAGGAGAAGGAGACGCCGAGCGCAAAAGAGCGCGAGACGCCGCGCCGCAGGGCGGCCAAGGCCAAGGCGGACGCGGCCGAGGCCAAGGCGACGCCGUCGAAAGAGCCACGCGAGGCCAAGGCGAAGGAUACGGGACAGACGCGAGAGACGCAAGAGACGCGAGGGACGCAAGAGACGCGAGGGACGCAAGAGACGCGAGGGACGCAAGGGAUACUCGCGACAUUCGCGACGCUCGUGCUACGCGCGACGCCCGCGACACUCGCGACACCCGCGACACUCGCGACACUCGCGACACGUCCAACGAGCCCCGGGGCGCUCGGAACCGCAACGCGAGGGACCCUCCGAACCGCAAUGCGCGCGAUCGCGACAUGCGCGAUGCUCGUGACCGCGACGCACGCGACGACCGUGACGUGCGCGACGACCGCAACGGCCCUCGCAACGACCGCGACACACGCAACGGCCCCCGCAGCGCCCGCGACGCUCCUCGCAACGCGCGCGAUGCCCGCGACCCUCCCCGCAAUGCGCGCGACGCGCGCGACCCCCUGCCGCGCCGCGCCGCCCACGCCUACGCGAGAUGAGCACAAGACGCCUCGUCGCGAUACCCCCGAGCGUGAGCCAGUGAGCCUGCGUAUCCGCGGGAGCGACCGCGAGGCGCGCCCCGACCCCCGCCCUCGUGAGCGGGUGUGGGGCGAGCGUGAGCGUGCGUGGGGCCCCCGCAGUCGCGACGACCGACCUAUGUACCCUGACCGUGCUACGCGGGACCGCCCCGAGUCGAAUGCGGUGUGGAAUCGCCGUCGUGACGACGCGUGGCGCACCGACGACCGUCGUGACGACGACGAGCGCAGUUCGCGCAAGCGUUCGCUAGCGGACCGCCUUGUCGGCGCGGAAGGCGGCGCAGCGCCCGAGCCUCCUGCGCACGACACGCCCGACAACAAGCGCAAAAAGACCGAGCCCGAGGCCCGCAGCUGGGGCAGGGAGUCGCCGCGCGACCAGCGGCGUGGCGACCGUGAGUAA